CGGCUUUAAAUGGAAUGAAAUGAAACAGGAACACGGUGGUCAUUGUGUGUCACACUGGAAAUUACAGCCUGUGAGAGCUCGGUGACUGUGUGGAAAGCACUGAGGUAGGGACAAGGGCACGGUCAGCUCCACCAUGUCUGGAUCCGAGUUUUACUUUAAUGUGGAUAAUGGAUAUCUGGAGGGAUUGGUCCGAGGAUUUAAGGGUGGUAUCCUGAAGGCCAGCGACUACAUCAACCUGGCACAAUGUGAAACCUUAGAAGACCUGAAGUUGCAUUUACAGUCCACAGACUAUGGACAUUUCCUGGCAAAUGAGACUGGACAACUCACGGUAUCUACAGUUGAUGGAAAGCUGAAAGAAAAGCUUAUGACCGAAUUCCAGUACUUCCGAAACCAUGCUUUUGAACCUCUUGCCACAUUUCUAGAUUUUAUUACGUACAGCUACAUGAUUGAUAACAUCAUCCUCCUCAUCACAGGAACCUUACACCAGAGGCCGAUUUCUGAACUGGUUCCUAAGUGCCACCCCCUGGGCAGCUUCGACCAAAUGGAAGCAGUCAACAUUGCACAGACUCCGGCAGAACUGUUCAAUGCCAUCAUAGUGGACACUCCUCUCGCUGACUUCUUCCAAGACUGCCUGUCAGAAAAUGAUAUGGAUGAGAUGAAUAUUGAAAUUAUGCGAAACAAGUUGUACAAGUCAUACCUAGAGGCUUUCUACAACCUCUGCAAAAAUCUAGGAGGAACGACUGCAGAAAUAAUGUGCCCAAUUCUUCAGUUUGAAGCAGACAGACGUGUGUUUGUUAUCACCAUUAAUUCCUUUGGCACCGAGCUCAACAAAGAAGAUAGAGAGACCUUGUACCCCACUUGUGGCAAACUGUAUCCGGAAGGGCUGAGACUUCUCGCCAAUGCAGAUGACUAUGACCAAGUGAAGAACAUAGCUGAGUAUUACGCUGAGUACAGAACAUUGUUUGAAGGAAUUGGGAAUGGAGCUGGAGAGAAGACACUAGAAGACGUGUUUUUUGAGAAUGAGGUGAAAAUGAACGUGCUGGCGUUUAACAAUCAAUUCCACUUUGGGGUCUUUUACGCCUACAUUAAGCUAAAGGAGCAGGAAUGUCGCAAUGUUGUGUGGAUCGCUGAAUGCAUUUCCCAAAGGCACAGAACCAAGAUAAAUAACUACAUCCCUAUUCUGUAAACCUUCCAUACCCAAUGCUGAGCUUUUUAGUACUAUGGCACAAUUAUAAUAUUGCAUUAAUUAAGAAAUCUCUAAAUGAUGAGUUGUUGAAGCUUCUGUAACAUUAUAUCGUACAUAGUUUGUCUUUUUUUACAGCCUUUACCUGUACAUGGCAGAAUGUAUUAUGUUUUAUCAUUCUAAGCAAGAAGGAAAUCUUAUGGAAAAUAAUAGCUGAAACCAUUUUUUUUUGCUGUAGACCAGUGGGCUUCAAACUGUGGCCCUCCAGAUGUUGCAAAACUACAAUUCCCAGCAUGCCCGGACAGCCGUUGGCUGUCCGGGCAUGCUGGGAGUUGUAGUUUUGCAACAUCUGGAGGGCCACAGUUUGAAGACCGCUGCUGUAGACAAAACUGUGUAUUUUAUAGAUUGUGUGCCCGAUUUAUAUAAUUGUGGCACAGACUUCAAAAAAAUGAGUUGCCUCUUCAAAACUGCGCAAAAACAAAGGUCUGAUGUCAUUUCUGAGGCUGACAGUAGUCUUGUUAGUAAGUCUGCUCUGGGCCUGAGCCUAUGGGAGAGAAUUACUAAGAUGCAAGUCUUAAAGGGGUACUCCCGUGCCCCAGGCUUCUGAACAUCAGGUUUAAAAGGCUUGAAGCAGCGGCCUCGGUCAUGACAUCACGGCCCUGCGGAUGUUCAGAAGGCUCGGGCACGGGAGUACCCCUUUA